AUGAGUGAUCCAGAACCCUGCAGAAUGAAACACACUGAAGAUACUGAAACUCAGUGUGGAAAGAGUUUCACAGCUAAAUAUCUUGAGCGUCACAUGAGAGUUCAUACUGGAGAGAAACCGUUCACAUGUGAUCAGUGUGGAAAGAGUUUCACAACCAAUUCUAGUCUAGAGAUUCACAUGAGGAUCCACACUGGAGAGAAACCGUUCACAUGUGAUCAAUGUGGGAAAACAUUUAAUAGGGCAUCAAACCUGAAGAGACACCUGAGAGUUCAUACAAAGGUGAAGCCACAUUCAUGUUCUGUGUGUGGAAAGUUUUUCACAGCUGGCAAAUUUAAAAGCACAUCAGAAAAUACACACUGGUGUAAUAGAGUUCAUGUGCUUUGA